AAGGUAUAAAAGCUGUCUCCACUCCAAGCCUCUCUAUCUGUGUCUCCUGGCCUAUUCUCCUUGGUGAACAAGACUUGCAGCCAUCACAAGAAGGAUGUCCUGCUACAGCGAGUCCUGCAGACCCCGCGAGGUGACCUGCCCUCAGCCGAUUGCCGAGAGCUACAAUGAGCCGUGUGUGCAGCAAUGCCCUGACUCCAGAGCAGUGAUCUUCCCCCCGCCGGCUGUGGUGACAAUCCCGGGCCCCAUACUCAGCUCUUUUCCUCAGGAGAGCGUUGUGGGAUCAUCAGGCCCAGCCUGGCUGGGGAGUUCCUUCAGUUCCCGAAGCUCCCAGGGCUCAGGGGGCUCCUUUGGCUUGGGGGGCUAUGGGGGCUCCUUGGGCUAUGGGAGGUUGCAGAGUUCUGGGGGCUCCUUUGGUGUGGGGGGCUAUGGGAGCUCCCUGGGCUUGGGGGACUCCUCUGGUUAUAGGGGUUUCCGGGGCUAUGGGAGCUCCUUUGGUUCUGGGGGCUACGGGGGCUCCCUGGGCUACGGGGGCUCCCUGGGCUUGAGAGGCUCUGGAGGCUCUGGGGGCUCACUCGCGUAUGGCCGUGCCCUAGGUUAUGGAGCUGACAUGGGCUACGGGGGCUCCCUGGGCUAUGGGGGCCAAGGCGGCUCCAGUGGCUUUGGCAAUUGUGGGAGAUCCUACAGCUCUGGCUUCUCCUCCUGUGGCACGGGCUACUACCUCCCUGGCACCUGGAGGUGGGGCAGGUCCCACCGCGGGAGCUGCGGGGCUUUCUAAACCCCCCAGGAUGGUGCCCAGAACCAGCAACAGCCCUGAAACAAGGACCACGGCAUGAAGACAUGGAGCAAGAACCCUGGGGACCAGCAGCACGCAUCAGCUGCCCUGGCAAGGGGACAGGAGGAGGCUUUGCAUGCCCAGCAGCCUGCUACCCUGUGCCACCACGUGCCCUGGCUUCGUGGCUCGGCCUCGGCAUCCCCUGCAUCCCUCCAUCACCUCAGCUGGCCCCUGGGUCCUGAGCAGGGCACUGGUACCUGAGUGGGACACCUCCAACACGCGUUUCCCCUUGUAUUGCCUUCAUUCUUCUGGAACUGGCUGCUCUGCUUCUCUUUCACAUUAAAACCCCGUGGUGUUGCA